AUGGUUACCAUCGAAACAGAGCCACGCGAAGGGGUUGCAACAAAUUCAUCUAAAGCGGAUGCCUUUCGUGACAAGGGUGCCACUAAACCAUUGGAUGAUGAUGAUUAUCCUCGGGGCUUGACAUUAGUGGUUUUGGCAGGAGUUUCUAUAAUUGCAGUCUUCCUUAUUGCAUUAGAUCAGACAAUUGUUGGCACGGCUAUCCCUAAGAUAACGGACGAGUUCCAUGGCCUCAACGACGUGUCCUGGUAUGCAGCCGCCUACUUUAUGACGUUCGGUUCAUCUCAAACUUCUGCUGGCAAGGUCUACAAGUACUUCAACCUCGAGUGGACUUUUUUGAUAUCCAUGUUUAUCUUCGAAUUGGGAAGCCUGAUAUGCGGAGUUGCGCCCAAUUCCAACGCGUUGAUUGUUGGUCGCGCUAUUUCUGGCUUAGGUGGUGCUGGCCUAUCUGUCGGUGGAACAAGCAUCCUAUCUCUUACUGUACUUCCUGCAAAGCGGCCAAUGAUGAUGGGUGUGAUUGGUAUGACAUAUGCUGUUGCUGCCGUUCUGGGACCGCUCAUUGGUGGAGCAUUCACAGAUCGCAUCUCUUGGAGAUGGUGUUUCUAUAUCAACUUGCCGAUUGGUGGACUUGCUGCCAUAUCUAUAUUCUUCUUUUUUCAUCUUCCGGCUGCUGCUGUGCCGCCUCGGAUCACUUUGACAGAGAAGCUACUGCACAUAGAUCCAGUCGGAAUCAUUUUGACUAUGGGCGGCAUUACCUGUUUCAUCCUGGCUCUUCAGUAUGGGGGAAAUUCUCACCCAUGGAACAGUAACAUCGUUAUUGGCCUUCUUGUUGGCUUUGGGCUCAUGGUGAUCGCGCUAGUUGCUUGGGAGAUCUGGCUUGGAGAGUAUGCAAUGAUGCUGCCCAGAUUGUGGAAGCAUAGAUCACUGUCGACUACAGCGUCAUAUCAGUUCUUCUUUAUGGGUAGCUAUAUUGCUCUCUUGUACUAUCUGCCGAUCUAUUUCCAAAGUAUUCUUGGUGCAAGUGCAAUCAGAUCUGGUGUCAACAAUCUACUGCUCGUACUUGCGGCGGCUGUUUUUGCUCUGGCUGGAGGAGCCGUUGUUAUCAUGACUGGUCGCCCCCAACAAGUCAUGUUUAUUGGCUCUAUUCUUUCCACGGUUGCAAUAGGCCUGAUAUACACACUUGAUAUUGGUACCUCCACCCCAAAAUGGGUUGGAUAUCAAUUUUUUGUUGGGUGUUCUAUGGCCGUUGCCAUGAUGCAUGGCUUGAGUAUUGCUCAAGCUGCUGCGGAUCCUAAAGAUCUUUCAGCCGUCACUGCAAAUCUUCUUUUUUUCCAAACAGUCGGAGGCGCAUUCAGCACUUCAGCGGCUCAGUCGGCCUUCGUUAACAGAUUGCUCGCAACUCUGCCCAAGACCGCUCCAAGUGUGGACCCAGGGCUAGUACUUAUUACGGGUGCCUCAGAUCUUCAAAAUGUGUUCCAGCUGGAUGUGCUUCCUGGAGUUUUGCUGGCAUAUAUGGUUGGGAUCAAAACUGCGUUCGUAGUUGCAAUUGCUUUCUGUGGUACUGCAUGCUUGUGCUCCCUGGCUGUGCCCAUGAAGAAACUUCCCACUCAUUCAAAGGGUAAUGCUCCCAUGGUAAUGGGAUAG